UCCAAGUCUUUUCUGAAGAUGUGUUUCGCUAAUUAAUAAAUUAUAGGUUUUAUGUGAUAUCUACAGGUGAGCUUGUGGUCUUUUUGGCUUAUGUUCAGAUGUCGUGUAGUUGUGAACAAGUGAAUGUGUUUGCCAAGUGUAUUUGACCAAUGAUAUUGCACCAACAGUGUAGACACCCUUUCUGAAGCAUAUAAAAGAAAGUGACCUAGAUGUGUAGUUGACAUACUCUAACGACUUUUGAGACUCUGACACCAACAUGCUGUUGUUCCUCUUCUUGUUUGGUCUGGCUCUGGGUGCUGAAUCUCCUUCAGAAGACCAACAAGUGAUGCUACGGCGUGGCAACUGUCCCAUGUUCUGGUACAGCUUCAACGGCCGCUGUUACAAAUAUGUCGCCACACGUUUGACCUGGGCUGAUGCAGAGCUCUACUGUGUGUCACAGAGAGCCAACCUGGUGUCCAUCCACAGUCAGCCGGAACAGAAUUUCAUCAAAACUCUGAUCAAGAACUUUGACCACGCUGAGGGAAGAAGCUGGAUCGGACUCAGUGAUAUCCAUAAAGAAGGCAGAUGGAUGUGGUCUAAUGGUUGCGCAGUGAACUUUGUCUUUUGGAAUGCCGGACAGCCAGACAACUAUGGAAAAAAUGAACACUGUGUUCACAACAACUAUGGUCCAAACCUCAAAUGGAAUGAUCUGUCAUGUUCUGUAACUUAUCCCUCUGUUUGUGCAUCUCGCAUAACCUGUCCUUAGUAACUGGGAUAGUUAUAUGUCUGAUUCACUCUCACUUUCACCUGUGGUCUGUAAGCCUCCACAAUAGGAUACCAAUGUAUACUUUUCGUGUGUGUGUGUGUGUGUGUAAAGAAGUCAUUUCACUAACCUUCAUUUUGUGUGCGUGUAAUUUGGGAACAACAUAGAUUUAAUGUUUCGUCUUAAUCACAAGGACACUUCUUAUCCAGUAGGAUGUUUAUCUAAUCACAUUCACAUUCAUGCACAUCUCAAAAUGUAUUAAAUACUAGUAUCAAAAUAAAAAAAUACACCCAACAGCUUCAACGGCCGCUGCUAUGUCGAUGUGGUCUGAUAGGUCUGAAGUUGAAUUUGUCUUUUGGUAUGCAGGUCAGCCAGAUAACUGAAGGAAGUGAAGUCUGUGGAAACAACACAGAUUUGAAAUGGAUGUUAUUUUUGUUUGUGCACCUCACAGUUUGUCCAUCUCACAGUUUGUCCUUACCAACUGGGAAGGUCAUGUCUAAUAAUAAUGUUGUUUUACACAAGUUCAAAAUACUUUUGAAUUUCCACUAAAUAAUUUGAGCCAC